AUGGGUCUCUUUUCCGGUUCGCCCACCCCCCAGCAGGUUACCCAGCGCCACCAGCACUCGACGGUGGCCAAUGGAUCAGGUGAUGUCCCGUUGAGCCAAGAGGACGACGUCAAGAGCGUGAUUGCGCGCUUCGUGCGGGCGCAGCCGGCGGAAGUGUACAUUAUCGAUGGCAAAAAGGGCCAGACGGACUCGGUGAUUAUCGGCGGCGGCGUCACUCAACGAGUGCCUACGGACUUUGUCACGUUGUUCAAAGCGAUGCAGCUGAUGAACUACUACUGUCUGUUGCCCCACGACGUUAAGGCGACCCACUUCGAGUGCCGCUACAUCAAGUGA